GAGCCCUUAGGGGAAAUCUCCCUAACAAGGGGACAGGCAGAAAAACAACCUCCAUAAAAGUUAUAACCCUUCUCCUCACUAUCCAAGCCUAAAAUAAGAAGUUUGCCUAGAGUUUGGCUUCACCUUCAAUGAGACAGAUGAAUGCGGCCUGCAGUAUGGAAUAUUAACCCAUUUGGGAUGUAAGAAGACUGUCUUUACUCAUCCCAGUACAGAUCAUUCUCCUCCAGAGAGAAGAGCCCGCUAUAGAUCAUAUGAUGAGCAUGGAGAAGAGAAUACUAGACCUCACCCUGGAGAUCAUCUACCUGCUGACCGGAGAGGAUUACAUGCUAGUGAAGAAGACAUCUGGUGGCCAUCAGGUAGGAAGCCAUAGACACAUCACUGUCCUGUCUUCUGAGAGAAACAGCGAUGAGAAGAUUCUAGAAGCCACCAAGAAGAUCACUGAGCUGCUGACAGGAGAGGAAUGGAGAACUUUGAAGGAACAGAAGGAAAUCAUGAUGGAGAAUCAGCCGCACCUCACAUCACCGGAUGGAUCCAGUAAUGGGAACCCACCAGAGAGAUGUCCCCGUCCUCUGUAUUCCCGGGAUCGCACACAGACAGAUCACAACAAUGCUCCCUGUUAUCAGGGUGACGAUCCGAUAGUUAUAAAAGUUGAGGUUAAAGCAGAAGAAGAAGAGACAUAUGUGAUGGGCCAUGAGUCCAUGGAAGAGGGCACCUUGAUGCUGCCAAUUAAGGAUGAGGAAUCUUUUCACGUCAUGAUGGAGAACCAGCCGCCCCUCACAUCACCGGAUGGACACCAUGUCAGGAAUACCUCGGAGGGAAAUACUAUUUUUUCAUCUCCAGAUUAUGAUGUGGAAAAUAAUGAGAUUGCUGAAUAUUCUCCUGAAGUGAAUGACAUGAGUCAGAUUCCACCCCACAGACCAUAUCAUGUGGAGACAUCAACAGAUCCCUCUAAUCCUGAGGAAUCUUCUGACCAAUCACAUUCUGUUACUUCAGACCUCCAUCUCCAUUCUCACAGUGCAGAUUCAUCAACACGUCCAUCUAUACCCAAGGAGUCUUCUCUGAUCCAUGAAGGGUUUCCCACAGGAGAGAGUUUGUUAUCUUGUUUGGAGUGCGGGAAAUAUUUUAAGACGAAAUCAGACCUUUUUCUACAUCUUAAAACUCACACCACUGAGAAUCUUUCAGGUUCAGAGUGCGGGAAAUCUUUCACAGAGGAAAGCGAAUUUCUUACACACCAGAAAAGUCACAAGGGUGUGAAUGCUUUUUCUUGUUCAGAGUGCGGGAAACGCUUCAUUAGGGAAGCAAGCCUCAUUGUACACCAAAAAAGUCACACAGGUGAGCAUCCAUUUUUAUGUUCAGAGUGCGGGAAACACUUCAUUAGAAAAGCAAACCUCGUCAGACACCAGAGACUUCACACAGGUGAGCGUCCUUAUUCAUGUUCAGAGUGCGGGAAAUGUUUCUCUCGUAAAAGAGACAUCGAAUUACACAAAAGAAUUCACACAGGCGAGAAACCCUUUUCAUGUUCAGAGUGUGGGAAAACUUUUACUCAAAAACCAAACCUCCUUUUACAUCAGCGGAUUCACACGGGCGAGCGUCCAUAUUCGUGUUUAGAAUGUGGGAAAUGCUUCAAUCAAAGAGGACUCCUUCUUAGGCACCAGAAAAUUCACACGGGCGAGCGUCCAUUUUUAUGUUCGGAGUGCGGGAGAUGUUUCAUUCAGAAAGUAAGCCUUAUUACACACCAGAGAAGUCACACGGGUGAGCGUCCGUUUUCCUGUUCAGAGUGCGGAAAGUGUUUCGUUGACAAAGGAAUCCUUCAGACACAUAUGAGAAGUCACACAGGUGAGCGUCCGUAUUCCUGUCCAGAGUGCGGGAGAUGUUUUGCUGACCAAAGAACCUUUUAUAAACACCGGAGAACUCACACAAAGGACACCGAUUUGCCUACUUUGAAUGCAGGAAAUUGUUCACCCAGACAGGACAUCUGAUUGGACAUUUAGAGAGCACACAUCUACUGUAGCGACCUGAUUCAGUUCUUGGUUCUGUUUCUGCUCACAUUGGGGGGUUGUUGGAAAUGAUCAACUUUUCCUAUCGGCCAUGUUUACUCUGUCUCCCGUCUUACUUAUUGGUGAUGAUCUGAACAUGCCUGGGUUCGGUUCCAGUAAGGUUUAGGUGGCAAUUUUGAGCCUAAUUGAAAUCAAUGGGAGUUCAUUAUUUUCUAGGCUAAUAGGCAAUGGAUUGUCAAAAAUGGAAUGGGGGGGCUGGGAACUUCCCUGGGGGACAUGCAGUGAUUUUUGUAAUGCUUAACCACUUUACGUCCAUCCUUUAGCAGUUUUACUGCUACAGGGUGGCAGCUGAACACCGGAUCACGUA